AGAUGGAUGCUGAUAUUUUAAUUUUGCUACAGAUAUGAAGAAUGGUUUCUAUGAGCGCUUUGAGUCUGAACUUCAAGGUCAGAGGAAUACUUACUAUGUUGGUGGGCUUAUGGCAUUUGAGCUUACAGAGAGGAAUUCUUUCUAUGCAAUGGCCCUAAUCUGCAAGCACUUUGCAAAUAACAAUCCUUCACCAGUAUUUCCAUAUGUUAAGAAUUUAUUUCCAUUGCAAUCAGAUUGUGGGAAUAGGAAUCCCAAAGAAUUAGGUGAACAUUCUGGAGUGGAAUUCCCUAAUCUGUCUACACUUGAUGGCUAUUUGAAGCACUGGGGAACUCAUGGAAUCACUCAAAGCAAAAUACUUUAUACUUGGAUCAAUGAAGACGGGGCAGCAGUAGGCCAAAGGACAUAUGCAGAACUUCAUGCUAAUGCAUCUUUUAUAGCUCAAAAGAUCUUGACGAGCAGAAAACCGGUCAUCAAGCCUGGUGACAGGGUUCUACUAGUCUAUGUUCCAGGUCUGGACUUCAUUGAUGCAUUUUUUGGUUGCUUAAGAGCAAAGGUGUUACCAGUUCCAGUUCUUCCUCCAGAUCCUCUACAAAGAAGCGGACAAGCACUUUUGAAGAUUGAAAAUAUUGCCAAAUCAUGUGGAGCAGUGGCAAUUUUAUCAACUAUUGUCUAUCACUCUGCAGUUCGGGCUGGUUUGGUGAAGAAUCUUAUCUCAUUGAUAAGGAAGAUUGACAAAUCUUCUACGAAAUGGCAUAACCUUGAUUGGUUGCACACAGAUUCAUGGAUCAAGAACUUCAAGAAAGUACUUCCAAAUGACACAGUUGAUCAAUGCGAACCUCAGCCAAAUGAUCUAUGCUUUCUGCAAUUCACAUCUGGGUCCACUGGUGAUGCUAAAGGGGUUAUGAUUACUCAUGGUGGGCUCGUUCAUAAUGUGAAGUUGAUGCGUCGGAGAUACAAGAGCACCUCAAAGACAGUUUUAGUCAGUUGGCUUCCUCAAUACCAUGACAUGGGGCUAAUUGGGGGACUCUUUACUACUAUGGUUAGUGGUGGAUCGGCAAUACUCUUUUCCCCAAUUACAUUCAUCAGAAACCCCCUUACGUGGCUUCAGACCAUAAGCAAAUACCACGCAACUCACAGUGCUGGACCCAAUUUUGCUUUUGAGCUAGUGGUUCGAAGACUAGAGUCUGACAAGGAUAAGGUUUGGAACUAUGACCUUUCUUCCCUUAUUUUCCUAAUGGUUGCUGCUGAACCAGUAAGGCAGAGAACUCUGAAAAGAUUUAUUGAGCUCACUCAUCCGUUUGGCCUUUCUCAAGAGGUGAUGGCACCUGGUUAUGGCUUGGCUGAAAAUUGUGUCUUUGUCAGUUGUGCAAAUGGAGAAGGGAAGCCCAUCUUGGUUGAUUGGGAGCGAAGAGUUUGUUGUGGUUAUGUUGAUCCAGACAAUCAAGAUGUUGACAUCCAAAUAAUUGAUCCAGAGACUGGUUUAGAGCUUGAAGAAGCAGGCAAAGAAGGAGAGAUAUGGAUUAGUAGUCCAAGUUCCGGCAUUGGGUAUUGGGGUAGGGAGGAAUAUAGCCAUCAAACUUUUAGAAAUGAGCUUAAAAAUCACUCUGGAAGAAAAUACACUAGAACUGGAGACUUGGGACGAAUAAUUGAUGGGAAGUUGUUUAUCACUGGAAGAAUCAAGGAUCUAAUAAUUGUAGCAGCAAGAAAUAUUUACUCAGCGGAUGUAGAAAAGACGGUUGAGAGCUCAUCCAAACUUUUACGGCCUGGUUGUUGUGCUGUCAUUGGUGUUCCAGAGGAAGUCCUGUCAGAGAAAGGAAUUUCAGUUCCAGAUGGUUCUGACCAUGUUGGCCUUGUUGUAAUUGCAGAAGUUAGAGAUGGAAAACCUGUCGAUAAGGACGUCAUUGAACAAAUCAAAACACGUGUUACAGAAGAACAUGGUGUUAAUGUAGCUGCCAUAAAACUGAUCAAGCCCAAGACUAUUUGUAAAACAACAUCAGGAAAGAUCAAGAGAUUUGAAUGCUUUAAACAAUUUACAGAGGGAACUUUGAACGUAGUCCCAGAACCAGUCUUUUCAAAGAGAGUUUUGGUCCGUUCAUUCACUACUGGGACUUGUGCAGAAGGAAGAAUACCUCGUCAGCUUCUGAGUUCUCCUUUACCGAGUCCAAGAUUGAGAAAUAAGGACAUCGUAGAAUUUCUGAAAGGCCUGGUCUCUGAGCUAACCGGGAUCCCCACCAAGAAUAUUUCUGCCACUGAGAGCCUUGUCUCAUAUGGAAUUGAUUCAAUUGGAGUUGUUGGAGCAGCUCAAAAACUUUCAGAUUUUCUAGGCGUGCCAGUUGGAGCAGUGGAUAUCUUCACUGCAACCUGCAUUGCAGACUUGGCAAACUUCUCAGAGAAUCUCGUAGCGAGGUCUAAACCUGAACUUAAUACAACUUUAUCCCUUCUUCCUGAACCUGAUGUCGAUUCUGAUGAGUUUCUUGUGGAAGUAUCCAUAUAUCGCCAAGCAGGCAUCUGGUUUUUACAGUUUCUGGCUCUUAUUUUUGUGUCUAUCAUGUUGAGUGUGCCUGCAUAUUUAUCAGUUUCUGCAUUCAUGACUUUCACCUCACAGAGCUAUACAACAAUAGAUGGAAUUCAGUGGCUGGCUUAUUUGAUAUAUUUGGCCUUUGCACCACUUUUUUGGGUCCUCUGCAUAGCUUUAACUUGCAUAUGCAUUGCUCUCUUUGGAAAUCCUUUCUUGAGACCAAACUAUGCCCUCAUUCAUGACAUUUCCAUUUGGUCAAUUGAUUUUGUUAAGUGGUGGGCACUUUACAAGGUACAACAAAUAGCUUCAAAAGUUCUUGCAGAGCAUCUGAGAGGAACAGUGUUUUUAAAUUACUGGUUUGAGAUGCUUGGAGCAAGAAUUGGGUCAUCAGUUUUGCUAGAUACCGUUGACAUUACAGACCCAUCUUUAGUUGCAAUUGGGGAUGGAGCUGUGGUCGCAGAAGGGGCACUAAUUCAAAGCCAUGAAGUGAAGAAUGGAAUACUGAGCUUGCAGUCCAUUAGAAUUGGCCGGAAUUCAUCAGUUGGACCUUAUGCAGUGAUCCAAAAGGGAAGUGUAUUGGGAGAAGAAGCUGAAGUAUUGCCUCUGCAAAAGAGUGAAGGAGGCACACCUGUCAUCAGAUCGGCCAAGGCUAACAGUGUUCAAAAAGGUACAGAGCUGUCAAAUGCUACGCCAAAUAAGACAAUGUCCCACUUCAUUGGCAUCUACCUGGUCGGUUUCCUCGGCAGUUUCUCCGCAGCCAUUUUCUACUUUCUAUACAUUUGGCUCUCUAAAAGUCCCCCUUCUCUUCAACACUUCGCCUUUGUUUGCAUAUCGGGAGCCUUACAUUGGAUUCCUUUCACACUUAUUGCAUAUGUUACCAUGUUUUCUAGCGUCACUUUGAAUCCAGCAAGCCUUGCCAUCUCAGUUGCCAUAACUUACUUAGCUCAUGGCCUAACACUCAGUUUCCUUACAUGCACUUUGACCCGUCUUCUUACUGAGAAAGAACAGUCAAAGCCAUCUCAUAUCAAGAUAUUCCUUAGGCACCGAAUUACCAUUGCCUGCCACCUUAGAUUUGCCAAGCUUCUCUCCGGAACAGAAGCUUUUUGUGUGUACUUACAGCUUUUGGGUGCAAAGGUUGGGCUGCAUUGUUCAAUCAGAGCUAUCAACCCAGUUUCAGAACCGGAGCUGGUCAAAAUCGGUGCUGGUGUUCAUCUUGGUGACUUUAGCAGAAUCAUCACUGGAUUCUACUCCCGCAGUGGUUUUAUUCGCAGGAAAGUUGAGGUGCAAGAUAAUUCAGUUGUCGGGAGUCAAAGCCUAGUCCUCCCUGGCUCAUUAAUUGAAAAGAAUGUAAUUCUUGGUGCACUUUCAGUGGCACCAGAAAACUCAGUCCUACAAAGAGGUGGUGUUUAUGUUGGAUCUCAUACUCCAAUCAUGUCCAAGAACACCCAGCAUGCUUUGGAUGACCGAAUAGAAGAAAUGGACAUGAAAUAUAAGAAAAUAGUAGGAAAUCUUGCUGCAAGUUUAGCUGCUACUACUUUGAAGGUUAAAUCAAGAUAUUUUCAUCGAAUUGGUGUAGGAGGGAAUGGCAUCUUGAAGAUAUAUGACAAGAUUGAAGGCUUUCCAAAUCACAACAUUUUCCAUCCUGGAAAGUCCUAUCGUGUCGUAGUUAGACAUAGCAAUAGCUUGAGUGCUGAUGAUGAUGCAAGGAUAGAUGCUCGAGGUGCUGCAGUGAGAAUACUUUCAGAUGAGGUUGAUAACACCCCACUUCUUGACUUGACACUUAAAACUGGAAAGGCGUUCUACGCACGGACUAUAGCCGAUUUUGCAACAUGGCUUGUGUGUGGACUUGCUGCGAGAGAAGAGCAUGUGAAGCGAGUCCCACAUGUCCGCGAUGCAGUGUGGAUGUCCCUUCGCCAAGCUAACUCAUAUGCAGAGCUGCAUUACUACUCAAAUUUUGUUAGGCUUCUUCGGUUCUCAGGCGGAGAGGAAAGGUAUGUGAAAUUCAAGUUGAGACCUUAUGAUGAGAGUAUUAAUGAGGAUUCUGGUAAGGUGGAACCUACUGGGAUUCUCCCACCAGAAACAGGUGCAAUUCCAAGGGAUGAAGAAGACACCCGGCCCUUACUUUUCCUUGCAGAAGAUUUCCAGCGCCGCGUAAAGUCUGGGGGUGUUCGCUACAUCUUCCAACUACAAAUCCGGCCAGUUCCACAGGAUGAAGCCACACGUGACACUGCACUUGACUGCACUAAACCAUGGGAUGAGAUUGAGUUCCCAUAUAUCAAUGUGGGUGAGAUUAAUAUUCAACAAAAUCUCACCAUGGAAGAAGCAGAAGCGCUAAAGUUUAAUCCUUUUGUCAGAUGCCAUGAGGUAGAUGUCAUCCGAGCUUCAACAUCCUCUCAGAGUGCUUCUAUUGAUCAUGGUCGUUCUCUUAUCUAUGAGAUUUGCCAGCGCUUGCGAAAUAAGGAAACGCUUCCUGAGGCCUGGAGAAUCUUCCUGGAACAAUCUGACGUAAAAGUAAACCUUUCAGGCUGUCCAACGGCGGCAGUAUUAGAGAAAAAGGACACAGGGAAAGUGACCGUUGAAAGAAAAUGGUAUCAAACCUCAUGGGCAAUUUUUGUUCAACCAUUAUUACAAACUGUGCUUCCUUAUUUCCUUCUGGGAUUAGCAGUCUCUGCACCUUUAAGUUGUGUUCUUCACAUAAAGGAGUCAAAAAUAAUCCCACUGCAUUGGUUGCUUCCAAUGCUUUGGGUUUCUUCAGGACUUGUAGCUGCAUCAACUUGUGUUGUGGCCAAAUGGGUUCUUGUGGGAAAGAAGAAUGAAGGUGAAACCGUACAGAUUUGGAGUAAAAGGGUCUUCGCGGACACCAUCUGGCAAGCUUUUAGAACACUGGUUGAGGAUUAUUUCAUGGCAAUGACUAGUGGGUCUAUUUUAUAUGUGCUAUGGAUGAAGUUAAUGGGCUCAGUUAUUGAACUGGACCAAGGGAUUUACGUGGAUAGCAUGGGAGCUUUAUUGAAUCCUGAAAUGGUGGAGAUUGACAGAGGAGGAUGUGUAGGAAGACAGGUUCUGCUGUUUGGACACAUAUAUGAAGGUGAAAAUGGCAUAGUUAAGUUUGGGAAAAUCAGAAUUGGAGAAGGCGGGUUUAUAGGAAGCAGAGCAGUGGUUAUGCCUGGGGUCAGAGUGGAGAGUGGAGGGAGUCUAAGUGCUGUCUCCCUUGCCAUGAAAGAAGAGAUUGUUAAGUCAAGAUAGGUGGCUAAUUGUCACUUUGUUUUAUGACACAAGCAAUUCACCUUCUCAG